GAUGAGCUUCGAGGCUAUGCUCACACUCCAGCAGCUUGCCAUGCAGGGGCUCCUGGCAGAUCAAGACUUGGCCAUCUCUGCUCUGGAACAAUUUCCCACAAUGUUGUUCCCACCACUCUUCGAGGAGGCCUUCAUUGAGAGAAGAACAAAGGUUGUGAAGGCCAUGGUAGUAUCUUGGCCCUUCCCCUGCCUCCCUCUUGGGGCGCUGAUGUGCCAAGCCAAAGUGGAUAACUUCCAGGCUGUGCUGGAUGGAAUGGAUUGGCUGAAUAACCAUAAUGUUUGGCCUAGGAGGUGUAGACUACAAGUGCUCAGUUUGCUGGAUAUCUACGAUGACUUCUGGGAAGGAUGUGUUGGAAGAAAGUCUACUUGGUGGACCGAACAAGUAGAUCCCACAACAGAGGGAAAGAAGCAGCAAUUGAAGGUGGUAGCUGAAUACUCCCUCACAUUCCUCGAUCUCAAGGACUACAAUAGUGCCUUCAUGCUGUGGCUCAGACAGAGAAGAGAUACCAUGCAGAUCUGUUUAUUGCAGGGUGCUCCAGAAUUGAAAUAAGUCAGGCCAGAGAGAGGAGUUGGAUCUCUGAGGAUGCUCUGGAUGUGCUGGGACUUAUGUCCUUGAAAGAUCAGUCUGUGUUCUUAAGCCUCUUGACAUCUUUCCAGUCCUAAAAUAAUCAAGACAGAGUCUCACUUUGUGACAUGGACAUGCUUGGAACUCAUGAUGUAGAAACUCUGGCCCUAAACACAUAGAUUGGCCAGUUAGAGAACAUUGAAAUUAAAGAAGCACACAGCCAUGGCUGACAAAUUAUUUGUUUUUCAUUUUGAUGUUUUAAUUUGUUUGCCCAGAAAAAAAAUAAAGUGACAAUACUA